AUGGAAGCUCUCCCAUUCCUCAGAGCUGAGCUGCUUAGCCUUCUGUUCGAGGCGCUGCUAUUCGGGUGCUUCAGCAUCCUAUACCCCAUCUCCUUGUGGAUGUUGGUGUAUAGACAUAGGCGUGACGGCGACCGAUACAGCAGGCACGGGAUAGGGCUGUUCUCAAUCGUCACGGUCAUGUUCUUUCUCGAUAUGACACAUCUCAUUCUCAGCGCUCUAGAUUACGUUACGAUGUUUGCUGACCACAGCACAACCGCUGACGGUGCCUACCUCUUCUAUCUCUCUGGGAAAGAAGACGGUACCGCCAUCGGGAAUAUGUUACUUUCGGCAGUGGUCACGCUCAUAGGAGAUGGUUUCAUGACAUAUCGGGUGUUUAUUAUCACCGUCGUGUCUGUCGGCAUGCUCAAAUAUGAGUCCCAGGCUUCAGGGCUCGGUCUCGGAGAGGCCCUCUACGACGCCAAGGUGUACGCGCUGAUGACGACCUACUUCGUGUUGGUCCUCGCGACGAACAUCGUGACUGUAGCCCUAAUCAUCGGACGACUAAUGUGGCACGAGCGGAUGGUCCACCUGCACGACGUGGACGUCCUUGGCCCCUCCAUACACCGCACCGUCGCGCGCACGAUCAUCCAAUCAGAGGCUCUGUACUCCGUCACGGUCGGCGCGACCCUCGCGUCUUACGUCGCCCGCUCCGACAUCUUCUACGUCGGCUCGUGCAUGGUCCCGCCCCUCGUUGGCAUCUCGUUCACGCUUAUCAUCACGCAUGUCGGGUUCGACGAUAUCAAGAGGGAGAUAUCUGCGGCUAACAACGCGGAUCUUUCGAGGCUCGACUUUCAGCGUGUGGUCCACAGCUCUGGGGGAGACUCGUCGGGCUCUAUGAUCAUCGCGCCGUCAACCCUCAUAGUCUCUACCUCAGGUGACGCGGAAAAAGGCAAAGCUUUCCAUGGAGCUGCGAAGAAGAACACGUCUGCCUCUACUACAACCAGGGCGGGUCUGGUUCUUGGGACUGCAUGA